CAGCGACGUCCAUUAUUUAUCGCCCACUUGCCAUUUUCUGCCUUGACUCCAUUAUUGCGAUCCCGCCAAUUGGUCCGUGGUACCCUGCGAGUCAACAAGCGCAACAGAAGUGAUGCAUAUGUCUACUGCGACGAGCUUGACGCCGAUAUCUACGUGUGCGGCUCGCGUGACCGCAACAGAGCCCUCGAGGGUGAUGUGGUGGCUGUUCGGCUGACUGAUGUGGACAAGAUCCUGCGUGAAAAGAGAGAAAAGGAAGAAGUCAAACUUCAGCGAAAUGGCGGCCAAGUCCGCGUUCGCUUGCCAGAUGAGGAAGACGAAAACGAGAUUAUCUUUGGUGGAGAUGAGGAAGUCGAGGUGGUCAAGCCAAAGUACUGUGGUGUUGUGGUAGCUAUUCUCGAGAGAUCUCAAAACCAAGUAUUUUCUGGUAAUCUUACUUUGAUGCGACCGAAUAACAAACGUGCCCAAAAGGAUGAGUCUGUCCGACACAACAAUAACGGAAAAGAGACCCCACGAAUUGUUUGGUUCAAGUCUUCCGAUAAGAGAGUGCCUUUGAUUGCAAUUCCUAUCGAACAAGCCCCGGCCAACUUCGUCGAGACCAGCGAUGUAUACACCACUCGUCUGUUUGUUGGAUCUAUCAAGCGUUGGCCUAUCACCUCACUCCAUCCCUUUGGUACUCUUGAGCGCGAAUUGGGAUCUAUUUAUGAUCUUUCCACGCAGACCCAAGCUAUUCUUGCCGACAAUAAUGUCAGCGAUUCACCAUUUUCAGAUGCAGUCGAAAGCUGUGUCCCCCCUCCUUUCCGUUACGAGCACACUGACGACAGACGUGAUCUUAGGGAGUGCCGUUUAUUUACCAUUGAUCCUGCUGGCUCCACUGUGUUGGAUGAUGCUCUGUCGAUUCAGAAAUUGGGAGAUGAUACCUUUGAAGUUGGUGUGCAUGUGAGCGAUGUGAGCGCUCAUGUUAAGAUCAACUCCUUCCUUGAUAAAGAAGCCAGAGCCCGUGGUGUGCGUGUAGACUUGGUCCAUCAUUCUGUCCCAAUGGUUCCCGAGCGUCUCACAGCCCAAGUCACCAACCUCACUCCUUUAGAAUCAAGACUCGCAUUCUCGGUUAUCUGGAAGGUUAACUCUCGUGGCCAGGUAUUUGAUACUUGGAUCGGAAAGAGUGUAGUCAGAUCGUCAGCCAGUCUGUCUUAUGAAGAGGCACAGGUUGUGUUGGAUGAACAAUCUGCAAAUAAUGCCAAGAUUAGUCGUGAGAUGGAACAAGAUAUCCGUAGCUUGUCUGCCAUUGCCGACAAGAUCUAUACGACUCGCAUGGAAUCCAGCACACUUACCCAAAAGAGAGACGAGCUCCUGUUUGAAUUUGACGCCGAACGAGAGAUCCCGGUGCGUGUGGCCAUGCGCCGCCCGGGCAAGGCAGAAGCGAUGGUUAAGGAAUGGCUGCUGAUGGCAAACACGGCUGUUGCCCAAAAGAUUUCCAGUGCUUUCCCCGAACAGGCUUUGUUGCGCCGUCAAGCUCCUCCUGUCAGUCACAAACUUCACGACCUUCAUCUGUACUGCUCUCGCUACCUCGGUGUUCUGUUGGACACUCGCGAUGCAGGAACGCUUGAGCGCUCGAUUACGACUAUCCAGGACCCUGUCUUGCGCAAGAUUGUGUCUGUGCUGGUCCUCAAGACCCUCCAGAGCCCCAGCUACUUCUGUGCUGGUGCCCUUGAUAUCUCCAAAUAUGCACAUUACGCACUUGAUGUGCCGCUCUUCACUCAUUUCACAGCACCCAGUCGCCGAUUCUCUGAUCUUCUUGUGCACCGUCAGUUGGAGGCUGCAUUAAGCCCCGAAAGGAGAUUUGCAUUGGACCGCGACAUGGUACACAAGCUUGCUCAGCACUGUAAUGUCAAGAAAGAAGCCGCCCGAUAUGCUCGUGAGCAGAGCCAGCUUCUCUUCCUUGCUCGCAAUCUCAACAAGCAGGCCAAGGUCAUUGAUACCGUGUCGGUUGUCAACCGUGAGGCUGUGGUUGUUGCGGUCGCAAGAGAAUAUAUCGAUGUCAUGGUUCCCGAGCUGAACAUGGAAAAACGUAUCCACCUGGCCAGUCUGCCUGUACGUGACUCCCGAUUUGAUGAAAAGGAACGACACUUGACUGUCUUUUGGAAGGUUGGUGUCGACACCUCUACUGGCAAGCCGACUCCUUGGAGUAUUGAGGAUGAUGAAUAUGACCUGGUUGAUGAAGAUGCGUUGGUCGAAGACAUGUGUGAAGAGGACGAGGCAGACCGACAGAAGAAUGGUCUGUCCACAAACUUGAAUGCUGUCGAUGGACCUGUGACCAAGAUGUCUAUCCUGUCUAUCAAUGAUACUCUAGACUCGACGAACUUCAAAACAGUCACCGAAUCAUUGGAAGCCCAGCUUUUGAAUGCUGCUACUGCUGCUGCAGGUGGCGCUGGUGGCCCCUCUCCCUCGGUGACAGCCUCGUCCAACCUGAGAGGUCGUACAUCGCGUCCUAUGAGUCGCAGAGCUUCGAUUGUGUACAACCGUCUCUCAGAGAAUGUGGAUUACAACAUCGCAGAGGGUUCUCAGACCAUCAAGGCUUUGAACAAGAUCGUCGUUGCUGUCAGUAUUGACAUGAUCAGAACACCGCCACUUAUUCGUAUUCUUGCUGCCAACCCAUUCGCUUAA